AUUAACCAGAACAAAAUCUUCCUUCAUUGAGAAAAAACCCUCCAGUUCCAUCACAUUUAACCAAAAUUUCAGUAUUUUUACAGCUGAUUUUUUCGAAUUAAUCCUUCAAAAAUGGCUUUCGAAGGCUCAAAGGCAAUGAAGAAAGAGGAAAUUGACGAAGGAGAAAGCAUUGGGUCUCUUGUGAACAACAAGAAGAAACCUAGCAACAACAAUGUUGCUUCAAAAUCUCAAUCUAUCAAGAAUGCAAAAGUGAAGAAAGAAGAAGACACAGAUGAUGAUUUUGAGGAACCCAUUUCUAAAAAAAGUCCAAAAAAUGUUAAGCCCAAGAAGGAAGAAAAAAACUCCAGUAAAACUGAUAAAAAAGUUGUAAAGAAAGAGGAGGAGGAUAAGAAGAAAGGAACUAAAAAUGGAGACAGCAUUAUGAAGAAGAGGGAAAAGAAAGUCUAUGACUUGCCUGGACAAAAAAGAGAUCCUCCUGAAGAAAGAGACCCGUUAAGGAUUUUCUAUGAAUCUUUGUACCAGCAAGUGCCAGAAAGUGAACUAGCAGCUAUCUGGAUGAUGGAGUCUGGUUUGCUUCCCAAGGACUUGGCGAAGAAAGUUUUAGAGAAGAAACAAAAGAAGUCCCAACAGCAAAAACUUGGUUCACCUAUGAAAACUGUUGUGACUGUGAAAAAGACCACAGAGUCUGUCGUUACUAUUAAGAAAAAGACCACACAGUCUGUCGUUUCUGUUAAGAAGAAGACAUCCUCCUCAACUCCGCUAUCAACACAGAAAAAGAAAACACCAGAUUCCGGAGCUAAAUCAAAGCAGCAGUCAAAGAAACGGAAGAUGAAGGAUGAUUCAUCUGAAGAAGACUCAGAUGAUGAUUUCGUUGCCUCUCUCAAAAGCACAAAGCGACAGAGAGCAUGUUGAUUUCUCUUGUAUUAUUGUCUAUCGACUAAUGUCUUAAGGUGUUUCUGAUUAUAGACGCAAAAUUAACUAGUCGCCAUGUUCUAGCAGAGUUUGUCAUGGCUAAAAUCUUCUGUAGAAGUUCCAAUUGAUUGCAUCUCAAUUUCCAGCUACUUGUAAGAUCUAUUUCAGACAGUGAGAUUUGGAGAAAAUCAUUCCAGAAUCAUUGAUCUAUUUA